UAAUAAUAAUAAUAUUAAACUAAUUUGGAUUUGGAUGCGGGUGAAAUCAACACUCAAAUCCACACACCCAGAUUUUUUGUCAUCCCUAUCGGUUGUAUAAUCUCCUCAUUUUACGUAUUUUCAUUUCUCUUCUUCAAUCCGUUACACCCAUUGGCGAACGAAAGGAAUCAAAGGCUUGUUAUGUUCUGUUCUUCUCUGAGGGAGAGAGAUGGGGCUACUUUCCAACAGAGUAAGUAGAGAGAGCCUGAAAGCUGGAGAUCACGUCUAUUCUUGGAGGACUGCUUAUAUAUAUGCUCAUCACGGCAUUUAUAUUGGUGACAACAAAGUCGUCCACUUUACUAGACGUGGACAAGAAGUAGGAACCGGUACGGUGCUAGAUGUUCUCCUCGUCAGUUCUGGACCAGCCAGAUCUCGGGAAAUCUGCCCAAAUUGUGAAACAUCCCAAGACGGGCACGGAGUCGUCAUCUCGUGCCUGAACUGCUUCCUAUCCGGCGGUGUCUUGUACCGGUUCGAGUACGCUGUCUCCCCAGCUCUCUUUCUCGCAAAAGCACGCGGUGGAACAUGCACUCUAGCAAUCUCUGAUGAAGACGAUAUCGUCGUUCACCGAGCCAAGUAUUUACUUGAAAACGGCUUCGGUUGCUAUAACGUUUUCAAGAACAACUGUGAAGACUUUGCCAUCUAUUGCAAAACCGGACUCCUAGUUGUUGAUGAAGGAACAAUCGGGCAAAGUGGUCAAGCCGUUUCCAUCAUAGGUGGACCUCUUGCUGCUGUUCUAUCCACACCUCUUCGUCUAGUGACUACAAACUUAUAUGGAAUGGCGGCAACAGCCGUCGGAGUUUACUGUGCAAGUAGGUAUGCUGCAGACAUUGGAAUGAGGAGGGAUGUGGUGAAAAUACAAGUGGAAGAUUUGACAAGAAGGUUGGCUAUUGGUUUAUUGCAGGUUGUUGAACCUCAAAUUUCGAUGAAUCUUGCUCCUCAAUCUACUCAGAUUGCUAGUCAAUGAUCAAACACUGCUUUGUUUGAAAUAUGUUUUAUAUGAACUUUGAGUGUAUGGCAGUGCCAUGUGUUUUUUUAACCAUCUGGGUGUGUAAGCACUUUAUAAUUUAAUUGGUAUAUUUUAUGGUAUUGUGGAUUUGUUGUAUAAUUUAUUUGGCUUUGCUUUGAGGCCUUUAUGACUGAUGAGUUAGGCAUGA